AUGAACCGACCGCCGAUCAGCCAUAUACUGCUGUGGAUGCUAGCCAUCUGCAGCGCGGUAGGGGUGGAGUCCCAUCAUAUACUGGGCCUCUUUGUCAACUUGCAUCGCUCCCAGCUGCUGGUGCACAUGGCCGUGACUCGUGCUUUGCUGCAACGGGGUCAUCAGGUGACUUUGGUCACCACGCUCCCGUUGGAGGAGGUGGAAUUGGAGGGCAAUGUCACUCACAUACUGGUGCCGUGGCAACAGCCGGCGGAUGAAGAUCAUCUUGGAUCCGCAACGGAUUGGCUGCUGCGCUUGCUACGGAUGUUCAACCGCUUGGAGCAGUCGGGGGAUCUGCUCGACCAGCCUGCCUGGAAAGAUUUCAUGAGGCUGUCACCCAAACCCCACUUCGAUCUGUUACUUUUGGGCUACCAUUUCAACGAUCAUCUGUUGGGCGUGGCUGCCCACUUCAACUGUCCAGCGGCGAUCAUCUCCACCCAACAGCCGAUUGGAUUUGUCAACAGUCUCAUGGGGAAUCCCGAGGAGCGCUGGUACGUCCCCCAACCAUAUGACAGUCGCCAGCGUAGUGGAAUCUCUGCCUGGCUCUUUGGCGCGUGGGAAAAGUUGAUGGAAGCGGUGGCUCGGAGAGUUCUGCGAAGGAUUUACAGUUCACAUUUUCCCGAACCCCACUAUCCACCAUUCGAGACGAUGCGUCGUUCUGUCGCCCUGGCUCUGAACAAUCAUCACAUGAUCAGCGAGGGCCCCAUUGCUCCCCUAUUGCCGAGCAUGGUGGACAUAGGUGGGAUACUCUUAGAGCAGAAGUUAAAUGAGACUUUCCUAGAGGUAUCGGGGAAUCGCUCGCUCAUAGUCUUCAGUCUGGGCACCCGCUUCACUUGGAAAAGAUCUCCUGACCAUUUUGUUCAGACCUUUACACAGGCGUUCGCUCAGUUUCCCGACUACGAUAUCUAUUGGACCUACGAUGGACCCAAUGCCAGUGAAAUUAUGUCGCAUCAUUCUCAUCUGAAGUUGGCCAAAUGGUGGCCCCAGCGGCAGUUGCUGGGUCAGCAGCAGGCAUGCCUCUUCAUCACCCACGGAGGCAAGGGCAGCCUCACCGAAGCUUUGUAUUACGGAGUGCCCAUGGUGGGGCUGCCACUGCUGGGAGAUCAGCGCGCCAACCUUCUCAAGAUGGGAGCCAAAGGCUGGGGUAUGACUUUGUCUACGCAGAAUCUCCGCCAUGCAGAGCUCUCAAAGGCGAUGGGCAGUGCUCUCAGCCACUCGCGUUACUCCAAGAGCAUAUCGAAAGCUUCCCAUCUCUACCGCGAUCGUCCGAUGAAUGCCAGCGACGUGGCAACCUUUUGGCUGGAGUAUGUCAUACGUCACAGGGGGGCCAAGCACUUGUACAGUCCCGCCCGGCAGCUGGACUUUAUGCAGUACUACUCACUCGAUGUCUAUGCUAUUGUCUAUGGCGGACUGGUGCUGCUGAUAGCAGUCUUGAGGAGGAUAAACAGCAGGCUUUCUGUGACUAGAAGUAUCGUUUAA